AAUACGUCAUCCUUCAUCCUUCAUCCUUCAUCCUUCAUCGAUUCCCUGUUCAGCCCCCGCGAAACCAUUGCCACCAUUGGAGAAUAUCCGCCGGAGGAGGCCCUUGGUCUACCUUUUUUCCGGCUAAGAUUCAUCGCCUGCAGGAAGUGUUAGCUACUGAUGGCAACAGCUACAUAUCCGCCGCCGCCACCAUUUUACAGGCUUUACAAAGAUUAUCUGCAAAACCCCAAAUCUGCGCCGGAGCCACCGCCACCUGUUGAAGGGACUUAUGUUUGCUUUGGUGGCAAUUAUACUACUGAUGAUGUGCUUCCAAGCUUGGAAGAGCAAGGAGUGCGGCAAUUGUAUCCAAAAGGGCCUAAUAUUGAUUUCAAAAAGGAACUCAGUGCACUUAACAGAGAACUGCAACUACACAUCUUGGAGCUUGCUGAUGUUCUUGUUGAGAGACCAUCACAGUACGCAAGAAGAGUGGAAGAUAUAUCCCUUAUAUUCAAGAACUUGCACCACCUUCUCAAUUCUUUGCGUCCUCAUCAGGCUAGAGCAACAGUAAUUCACAUUUUAGAACUUCAGAUACAGCGGCGUAAACAGGCUGUGGAGGAUAUUAAGAGGAGGAGAGAAGAAGCACAGAAACUUCUAAAGGAGGCCCUUGGAACCUUAGAUGGACCGUAACACCCCUUAGCAAAGGCUUUUAUUGAAUUAGAGACAAGUAUUUGAAAUACAUUGCUUUUAGUUGGGUAUUCCGUAUGUAAAAGAGGGAACCUAAAUUGGUUUUUGCCUGUAGCUACUCUAUCUGUUGAUUGAUUGUAUUUGAUGGUACUAACCUAGUAAAAAAAAUGGAUAAUUAUAAGGAGGUUGACAGUCGUUUAGAGCAAUGAUCAAACCGAAGAUUUUGUCCCUUAAUUCAGUAAUUUAAACUC